AUGCGUCCCAAGUUCCGAUUCGUCGCACAACAUCCUGAGUAUGAGAGCCAUUUAUAUGUAGUGGAAGACAGCAAAACUCGGAAAGUCCCUGUUCCAAUUGGUCCCACUAUUCCCCGAAGAGAUCGCGAAAACGUACGACCUCGAUACUGUCGUUUGAUGUUGAUGUUUUUCAAACCAUGGCGAAACGGGAUAGAUCUUCGUGAAAAUCAUGAAAGUUGGGAAGAUGCAUUCGACGUUUUCAUUGAAUCGUGUUCAAUCAGAACAAAAGCUAUAAUGGAUAACAUGCAAAUACUGCAUGAGUGUAGGGAUAGCCGUGACGAC